GCAGCUCCAAGCAAACACAUCCAAUUCAAGAAUUUUGCUUUCUUCCUUGAAGAUGAUGACACUCUCUUUCUCCCCUUCAAAGUUGGGAGCUCCAACUUUUGUGUCUGUCCCCAUUAGAGCUCCUUCUGCCCUUCCUCUAAAAGUAUAUUGCCAGAAAACUGAAGCAGAAACCACCACCAAGAAAUUGCCUCCAGGGCCACCAAAAUUGCCUUUUAUAGGAAACCUUCACAAUUUGAUAGGCGGACUUCCCCACCGUACUCUUACAGAUCUAGCAAAAGAGCAUGGCCCACUCAUGCAUCUUCAGCUUGGUGAAGUUCCAGCUGUUGUCGUUUCAUCAGCUAAGAUGGCUCAGGAGGUGAUGAAGACACAUGAUCAUGUGUUUGCUCAGAGGCCUGAACUUAUUGCUUCCAAGAUUUUGUCAUAUAAUAGCACUGAUCUUGUCUUCGCUAAAGGAGAAUACUGGAAGCAAAUGAGAAAGAUUUGUUUAACUGAACUUUUGGGUGUGAAGAAGGUCAAGUCUUUUGCUCCUAUUCGUGAAGAUGAAGUUUCAAAUCUCCUGGAAUCCAUCAAGUUGGCUAGAGGGUCUCCUGUCAAUUUGACAGAGAAGAUUUUCUGGAUGACAAGUGUCAUAGCUUGCAGAGCAGCUUUUGGCAAUAAAUGGGAAGAUCAAAAUGAUGUUAUAACAAUAGCUAGAGAAAGUUUAACUCUAUCAGGAGGUUUUGACUUGGCUGAUUUAUACCCUAAAAGGAAUUUUCUUCAUGUGAUCACCAACAUGAAGCCCAAGUUGGAAAAAAUGCGUGACAAACUGGACAAGGUCUUGGAUAGAAUCGUAAACGAACAUAAGGAGAAAUUGGAAACUCGCUCAGAUGGACCUGCAGACGAUGAAGUUUUAGUUGAUGUUCUUCUCAGGCUUCAGGGAAGUGGCAGGCUUGAGACUCCUAUCACCACUGACAACGUUAAAGCUAUUAUUUGGGAUAUGUUCGUUGCUGGAACUGAUACUUCAUCGAAUACAACAGAAUGGGCUCUAUCAGAAAUGAUUAGGAACCCAAGAGUCCUGAAGAAAGCACAAGCUGAGAUAAGACAAGCCCUUAAAGGAAAGGAAACAGUUAACGAAGAAGAUAUUCAAGGGCUACAGUACUUAAAGUUGGUGAUCAAAGAAGCUCUGAGGAUUCACCCACCAGUACCCUUGUGUCUUCCAAGAGAAAGCAAAGAAAGCUGCGAGAUAGAUGGCUAUGAAAUCCCUGAAAAAACCAAAGUCAUCGUCAACGCCUGGGCAAUAGGAAGAGAUCCUUCGUACUGGAAAGAUCCAGAGAAAUUUAUACCAGAAAGGUUCAGUGAAAACUCCAUUGAUUAUAAAGGAACUAACUUCAACUACAUCCCAUUUGGAGCUGGAAGAAGAAUCUGCCCAGGUAUGACUUUUGGGCUAGCUAACGUUGAGCUUCCUCUUGCUAAAUUGAUUUAUCAUUUUGAUUGGGAAUUGCCCAACGGGAUGAGACCAGAGGAUUUAGACAUGUCAGAAUACUUUGGGGCAACUGUCGGAAGAAAGAACAACUUGGAUUUGAUUGCUACUCCUUACGUACCAUCGUCAUCUUCACAUGUGGACUCAAUCAAUCGCGUCGAGGCAAUGGAAGUUCUCAACUAGAGUUAAUCCAAAUCAGAAUCAUAAUCAUUAAAAAAUACCAUAAUGUAAAAUAAUACAUUACUGCGGUUAAGCGUCAGUGACGUUUCAUUAUUGGGUUUACUUUUUGUUCGUUGUCGGACCACUUGUCUGGGUAAUAAUGACUUUUUCUCUUUGUUUUUUUUUUUU